AUGUUCUGGCAAAAAGUGGAAGUAAAGAAAGUUCUGGGGGGCGACGAUACUCAGCAAACCCAAAUCAAUGAAACCCUAAAAACAGGUUUAAUUGAUGAUAAUUUUAAUGAGAAUGAAGAAAACAUGUCUGGUAGCGAUGUGUCUGGUAGUGAUAGUGAUGCAUCUGAAAGAGUUAGUUUAGAUGGUUUAAACAUGGAUAGUAUAGAAGUAGAUGAACUGUGUGAUAGUGAUGAUUCUGGGAGGUUAGAUAGUACACAGGGGUCUGACUCAGAUGGCCAAAAUUGGUCUGAGUUCAACCUAGAGAAUGACAUGAGUAAUCCUAGACUGAAGGCAUGCAAAUAUGGCUAUAAGGCUGGUUGUAGGAGGAUAGUAGGUUUAGAUGGAUGUUUCUUGAAGGGAUACUAUGGUGGCUACUUGCAUGCAGCUGUUGGGAUAGAUGCAAAUAAUGGCAUCUAUCCUCUUGCAUAUGCUGCUGUCGAAAGUGAAAACCAAGCAUCAUGGCUUUGGUUCUUAGAGUUGCUUGCAAUAGACUUGGAAAUUGGACUUGUAGAAGCAAUAUGUAUAUUGUUUCCUAAUGCAAAAACAAGAUACUGUGUUAGGCACCUAUAUGCCAAUUUCAAGAAGGCUGGUUUUCGAACAAAGGAAUUGAAAGAUUUGCUUUGGAAAGCUGCCAGAGAAAGCACUACAAAGGAGUUUGAGGAUGCCAUUGAUGAACUGAGGAAAACCAAUCAGCAUACUUAUGAUUGGUUGAAGGAAAAGAACCUUACUCACUGGUCAAGGUCUCACUUCUCAAUUAGGGGCCAUUCUGACAUGUUGAUGAUACUGGAAGCAAGAGGGAAACCUAUUCUAACCAUGAUGGAAAUAAUAAGGAUUAAGAUUAUGUGUGUUCCAUCACAUGCUGGUGGGGACAAGUAUCAGGUUGAAUGUGGUCUAGAUAGCCAGCAUGUGGUGGACUUAGUUGAGAAUUCCUGCUCCUGCAAGAAUUGGGAUCUCACUGGCAUCCCUUGCAUGCAUGCAUUAGCUGUCAUUCAUUUAAAAGAAGAGUUCCCAGAGACCUAUGUACAAAUUUGGUAUACCAAGCAAACCCAACUUCAAAUUUAA